AUAUUUGUUCCUUUAUUAAAGCACCGUCCUACUCCCCGACGUUUCGUAACAAGCCCACCCAUUUCUCCAUAAAAUACAUACAAAAUACACAACUAGUAAUUCUUCAGGAACCCCUUCAAUCUUGGAAGCAUCCGAUUUCGAUCUGCACCAAUCUCUCCGUCGCCCUGCAGCAAAACUUGGAUCAGAGACGGGAGACAUGGUUGAAACCAGGCGAGGCUCGUCUUCCUCCAAGCGUCCUCUCUCUUCGCCUGGGGCCUCUCCUCUGCACAGCAGCAAGCGCUCUAAGGCGGGGGAGGCGUCGUCGUCGUCGACAAACGAGGUUUCCACGGUAUUGCCGGCUGAGGCUCUAAGUCCCGCGCAGGGAUUGGGUGCUGACUCUCGGGAUGAUUUUGCAUCCCCUGAUCCCAUUUGGGCCAAUACCCCCGAGGAAUCUGAUGCAUGCGAUGUGGCGGAGCCUGAAAGAUCCCUUGAACUGGCAGUGGAAGGCGAGCUUUUGGCAUCACCGGAGCCUUUAGGGGAUUCUCCGUCGGACGUGGAGGAACCGAAGGGAGUUAGUGGGGUUUCGAACCGGCUGGGGAAACGGCUGGCGAAACCAAAGGCAAAAUCGAAGGCGAUGGUUGCUUGGGCUAAGCUUCUAUCUCAACGUUCACAGAACCCUCAUGUGCUCGUAUGUGAUCCUUGUUUCACUGUUGGUCAAGGCCGUUGUUGCAACUUAUGUCUGAAAGAUCCAUCUGUUAGUGAAGUUUUGUGUCAGCUGAAGCAUGUUGAGCAAGGAGGUUCCUCUGUUGCUGUACUAGAAAUUCAAGGAAGGAAAGGUGCAGUCCAUGUAAAUGGAAAAAUUUGCAAUAGAAAUUCUGAAAUAAUUUUGAAUGGUGGCGAUGAGGUGGUUUUUAGUUCUGGUAAAUAUGCUUAUAUAUUUCAGCAGUUGACGACUGACAACUUAGCCACUUCUGGAAUACAUUCUUCAGUAAGCAUUUUAGAAGCCCGAAGUGUUCCAAUUAAAGGACAAAUUGAGGGAAGACCUAGAGACCCCUCAGCCAUUGCAGGAGCCUCAAUAUUAGCAUCUUUCACAGAUGCCCUUCUCCCACCACCUGCUAAAUGUGGUGAGGAUAAGCAACAAGCUACAGAAAUGUCCCCAGUGCCUUCUAGUUGUGGUGUGUCAGAUAAUUGUAUUCCGGAUGCUGACAUGAAGGAUCCGUCUGUUAAUGACGAUGGGGUUGGUGUUACUUCAAGGGAUAGAACUGUUGUUCCUUCGUCUGACGCUGUCAAUGGAAACUUAAAUCUUGAUGCGCUUGGAGUGGAUGCAUGUUUGGAUUCAGAAAUUGGAAAGGUCCAUACUGCCCCUUGUGAAUUAAGCCCGCUCUUGCAAAUGAUUGCAGGGUCAUCCUCAUUUGAUUUGGAUUUAAGCGGAAGCAUUUCUAAAAUACUUGAGGAUCGGAGGGCAAACAUUUCUAAGAUUGUUGAUGAACGGAGGGGAACUAAGGAACUUCUCAAGGAUAUUGAUCCAUCAACAAUUUUGAUAUCAACGAGGCGCCAAGCAUUUAAAGAUAGUCUACAACAAGGAAUUCUUAAUUCUGACAAUAUUGAAGUUUCAUUUGAAAGUUUCCCAUAUUACAUAAGUGAUACCACAAAGAAUGUUUUGAUUGCCUCCACAUAUAUACAUUUGAAGUGUAGUAAGUUUGCAAAGUAUGCCUCUGACCUGUCUGCUGUUUCUCCGCGGAUUUUGUUAUCUGGUCCUGCAGGUUCAGAAAUAUAUCAGGAAACAUUGGCAAAAGCACUUGCCAGACAUUUUUGUGCUAGACUGUUGUGUGUUGAUUCCCUUCUGUUGCCUGGUGGACCAUUGCCAAAGGAUUUUGAUUCUGUAAAAGAAAGUUCAAGGCCUGAAAAAGCAUCCGUGUUUGCUAAACGAGCACAGGUGUCGGCUUUGCAGCUUAAGAAACCAGCUUCUAGUGUUGAGGCUGAUAUUACUGGUGGAUCUGCCGUAAGCUCUCAGGCUUUGCCGAAACAGGAAGCCUCAACUGCAUCGUCAAAAAACUACACCUUCAAAGCAGGUGAUAGAGUAAGGUUUGUGGGUUCCUUACCUUCUGGAUUUUCUCCUCUCCAGGCACCUUCAAGGGGGCCGACUUAUGGUUAUCGUGGUCAAAUAGUUCGUGCUUUUGAGGAAAAUGGGUCCCCCAAAUUUGGGGUUAGAUUUGAUAGAUCAAUCCCUGAGGGCAACAAUCUUGAUGGCCUUUGCGAAGAUAAUCAUGGGUUCUAUUGUGCUGCUGAUCUACUUCGAUUGGAGAGCUCUGGAGCUGAUGAUACUGACAAGCUUGCUAUUGAUGAACUAUUUGAGGUUGUAUCAAAUGAAUCUAAAAGCAGUGCCUUAAUAUUGUUCGUGAAAGAUAUAGAAAAGUCAAUAGUGGGGAACCCAGGUGCAUACGCAGCCUUAAAAAUUAAGCUUGAGAGUCUACCAGCGAAUGCUGUUGUGAUUGGAUCCCAUACACAGGUGGACAGCCGGAAAGAGAAGUCUCAUCCUGGUGGUCUUCUAUUUACGAAGUUUGGUAGCAACCAAACAGCUUUACUGGACCUCGCUUUCCCGGAUACCCUUGGAAAACUGCAUGAUAGGAGCAAAGAAACUCUCAAGACAAUGAAGCAACUCACUCGGCUAUUCCCAAAUAAAGUGACGAUACAGUUGCCACAGGAUGAAACUUUACUUUUGCACUUGAAGCAGCAGUUGGAACGUGAUACCGAAACUUUGAAAGCACAAUCAAAUGUUGUUAACAUUCGCUCAGUCCUGAAACGAAAUAGUUUAUAUUGCUCAAACCUUGAAACAGUUUGCAUAAAAGAUCAAGCCCUUACAAGUGAAAGCGUAGAUAAAAUAGUAGGGUGGGCUUUAAGCUACCAUUUUAUGAAUUGUUCUGAAGCUUCAAUUGAAGAUGCUAAACUUGUGAUUUCCAGCGAAAGCAUUAGACGUGGGCUCAACAUUCUUCACGGCAUUCAAAGUGAAAGCCAAAGCUUGAAGAAAUCACUCAAGGAUGUGGUUACUGAUAAUGAUUUUGAGAGAAAACUUCUGGCGGAUGUUAUUCCACCCAAUGAUAUUGGAGUUACUUUUGAUGAUAUUGGAGCCCUAGAAAGUGUGAAGGAUACCUUGAAAGAGUUAGUGAUGCUUCCUCUUCAGCGACCAGAGCUGUUUUGCAAAGGACAGCUGACGAAGCCUUGCAAGGGAAUAUUACUUUUUGGGCCUCCUGGUACUGGGAAAACAAUGCUGGCAAAAGCUGUUGCAACCGAGGCUGGAGCAAACUUUAUUAACAUAUCUAUGUCAAGCAUCACUUCAAAGUGGUUUGGUGAGGGAGAGAAGUAUGUUAAAGCAGUGUUCUCUCUGGCUAGUAAAAUUGCUCCCAGUGUUGUUUUCGUUGAUGAGGUUGAUAGCAUGUUAGGAAGACGAGAAAAUCCUGGAGAACAUGAAGCUAUGCGUAAAAUGAAGAAUGAAUUUAUGGUGAACUGGGAUGGUCUGCGUACUAAAGACAAAGAACGGGUCCUAGUACUUGCGGCCACUAAUAGGCCUUUUGACCUUGACGAGGCAGUUAUUCGGAGGCUUACUCGGAGAUUGAUGGUGAACUUGCCAGAUGCCACCAACCGAGAAAAAAUUCUUAGGGUUAUAUUGGGCAAAGAAGAAUUGGCACCUGAUGUUGAUUUGGAAGCCAUUGCGAAUAUGACAGACGGAUAUUCUGGAAGUGACUUAAAGAAUCUUUGUGUGGCUGCAGCCCACUGUCCCAUAAGAGAAAUUUUGGACAAGGAAAAGAAGGAGAAAGCAUUGGCAUUAGCAGAGAAUAGACCUUUACCUGCCUUGUAUAAUAGCACAGACAUUCGCUCUUUGAACAUGGAGGAUUUCAGAUAUGCACAUGAACAGGUAUGCGCCAGUGUGUCAUCUGAGUCCACAAAUAUGAGUGAGCUUCAACAAUGGAAUGAACUAUAUGGAGAAGGUGGAUCAAGGAAGAAGAAAUCUCUUAGCUACUUCAUGUAGACAGAGUAGAGUGUAUAGGUUUCCUUUGUUCUCCCCCACCCUUCUCCCUCAUGCCAUCCAUGCCCGCCAUCUUUUUUUUCUUAUCCUUUAUCCUUCUAAAUUAACGGUCCAUAUGGAUGGAAAUUCCAUUGCUAUUCCCAUUCCAUUGUAUUAUAUAUAUGUUCUUGGGUUUUUUAACCCCUUCAAUUGAAAUUCUCCCUUGAGCAGGUUAUCUAACCAAAGCUUUUCUAAUGGUAGGGAGCUUUUCUGCCUGUACAUACCAUUUCAUUGGUUAAAUAAGCAUCAUCAUGUCUUUUUGUUACCAACAUCAAGUUUUUUCCUUGAAUUAAUUUUUCAUUUUGGAAAAUAUGUAUAAAACAGGUCCUUAAAUAAGCCAUCAACAUGAUGGCAUGAUUGUUACCGUCC